AUGCGUCUUUGGAAACAUGACUUUCGGGGCAGGGCCCUGAUCAUCGCCAUCACCAUGGCCUCCUGUCAAGCCUUCCUCUUGCUGGGGUUUGACCAAGGUGUCAUGUCCGGCAUUGUGGGUGCGGAUAAUCGCUUCGCCCGCGACUUCAAUAACCCCGACGCGGCGAUGCAGGGCAACAUUACCGGUCUCUACGAUAUCGGUUGCGUGAUCGGAUCCAUCAUUUGCUACUUCAUCGGCGAGCGAAUGGGUCGUCGAACCAUGCUGAUGAUGGGCGGGUUCAUCAUGAUCAUCGGAACCGUCAUCCUCGCUUCCUCCUACACAAUAGCACAGCUGCUGGUCGGCCGAAUCGUUACCGGGCUGGGUAACGGAAUGAACUCCUCCACCGCCCCCGUCUAUCAGAGUGAAUGUUCUCCAGCAGCAUACCGUGGUGCACUCCUCACCCUUCAAGGAACCGUCACUAUCCUGGGCGUGGUGAUCGCCUACUGGAUGGACUACGGCACCAGCUUUACUGAUUCCUCCUACGAAUGGCGGCUUCCCCUCGCCUUUCAGGCUGUCUUCGCCAUCUGUCUCAUCUUGCAGGUGGUCGGUCUCCCAGAAACCCCCCGUUGGCUGGUCCAGCACGACCGUCAUGAGGAAGCCCGCGCUGUCGUGGCUGCCAUCGAAGACACCACUAUCGAUGAUCCCAACGUCACCAAAACCAUCAUGGACAUCCAAUUCGUGCUGGAGGAGGAACAAAAGGACGGUCCGUUCCGCGUCAAGGAGCUCUUUACCUGGGGCGAAGUGCAGAACCUCCGACGUCUAUUCAUCACCAUCACCAUUGAGCUGGGCCAACAAUUCACGGGAUCAAAUAUGAUAAAUUAUUACGGGCCGGUGAUGUUCCAGGAGACCAUGAAUAUGAGCCGCAACUUGUCACUGAUCCUGGGUGGGGCCAUGCAGUGUACCUACCUGGUGGGUUCGGCAAUCCCGGUGUUCUUGAUGGACCGGUAUGGACGGCGUACCUUACUAAUGGUGUGCUCGGCCGGCUUAUGCCUGUGCUUCGUGAUGGUGUCGAUUCUGCUCUCCCUGGACCGCGAGGACUGUGCCUACGGCGCGACCGUCUUCAUCUUCAUCUUCCAGAUCUUCUACGGCGUGGGCUGGCUGCCCGUCCCAUGGUUCUACCCAGCCGAGCUGAACACAACGCGGGUUCGGACGCGGAUGCAGGCCAUCGCGUCCGGAUGGAACUGGAUGGCCGUGUUUGCCGUGGUGAAGAUCACUCCAAUUGCAUUUGACAACAUCGGCUGGCGCACCUUUGUCAUCUUCGCGGUAUUGAACGCCGUAUUUAUCCCGAUGGUGUACUUCUUUUACCCGGAGACGAAGGGACUCGAGCUCGAGGACAUCCCCUUGCUUUUCCACAAGGGUGGAAUCACCGGAGGAGUCUUCACCUCGAAGGGUGGACGCACCGUCACACCCGGCCAGCACGCGCUGGAAGCCCGCGUGGACCAAAAGGUCGAGGGCACGGUACAGCAAGUGGAGCAUAUCGGAUGA